GAACAAGUAGAAAGGUGAGGUGGGAGUGGUUGUCGGACCUGAGAAGCCCCCCUUCUCUUCGGCGGGAUCUCCAGGUCUUCAGGUUUCCGGGUUGGCGGUCCGCACGCUUGGGUGCGGAGACCUCCGGGACUGCAGGGGGCGCCUGGAGCAGCGGAGCAACCAGCUCCCAGGCGGGGCCGGGGCUGCGCAGUCAUGAUCACCGCCGAGGCUGCCGCUGAGUCCGCGAUCCACACCGCGCCCGAAGCGGAGGCAGCCACAGGAGCCCCAGAGCUCGAGGAGCCGCCGUGGCCCUGGAAAGAUGCCCCGAUACAGGCGCUGGUGCAGCGCAUCCACCAGUUGCAGGCUGAACGCGCACAGGCCUUCCGCCGGCUGGAGGAGAAUCAGCGUCCUCCACACUCGGAUCCAGGGACACUUCCUGGGGGGCUUUUAGGUGGCCGAUGCGGGUGCAGGACCUGGGAGCGUAGCCUCAGGACCCCCACCUGCCGCAGAGGCCACCGCCAGUACCUGCGUAGCGGCCCGCCCUACGACUUCCCGCGCUACCGGAGCAAAGUGCAUGAGGUGACCCAGGCCUUCGCCGCCGUCUCGCGGGAGGUGCUGGCGGUCGAGGCCGAGUUGGCCGGGCCCAGAGCGCAGCCGCUGCUCGCGGGCCACGUGCGCAGCCUGCAGCAGCUGGAACAGACGCGCCUGGCCACGGUGGCCCUGCUGCAACUUAUGGGGGCACCAGAGCUGACCGGACAAGAGAACACCCUACAGACGCACCAGCUGAAGAUGAAGGUAAUUAAAACCAUGGAGGCCAUCAGCGAGGUUCUCCAGGACCUCAGGUUUGAUGCAGAAUUUGUCGAGUGAUGGCAGCUCUCCAGGGACGCACAGAGAGAUGGGAAAUGGGGCAGGUGGCGCCCAGCCCAGCCCUGACUACCAGCUGGCUGGGGUUGUGUCCCACUGGGCUGCUGACCCUUCUCGAGGUCUCUGCACCUCCCACAAUAAAGAAUCAUUCAUCUGCA